CAAAACCCCCCACAAACCUUUUUCUUUCUCACUCCAAUUCUCUCUCUCUCUCUCUCUCUCUCAACUUCUCUUCCUUUUAUUACUUCUAGGAGCUUGAUUUUCGCAAGGAAACAAGGAACCGGUUCAAGUUUCAUCGUGCAAUUUAUUGAAUGAGUUAAUUGUUCGCGGAAGAAGAAGAAGAAGAAAUAGUUACAGUAUAGAAGAGAUGCGCAAGUCCUUCAAGGAUUCCCUCAAAGCUCUUGAAGCUGAUAUACAGUUUGCCAAUACUAUAGCUACUAAUUAUCCAAGAGAAUGUGAUGGCGCGUGCUUACAAAUGAGAUUAUCUUAUAGCCCAGCUGCUCAAUUUUUCCUUUUUCUGGUUCAGUGGACUGAUUGUCAUCUUGCUGGGGCCUUGGGAUUGCUUAGAAUUCUCAUAUACAAGGUGUAUGGGGAUGGGAAGACAACCAUGUCCAUUUAUGAAAGAAAAGCCAGUCUGAAGGAGUUCUAUGGUGUGAUCUUUCCCUCUUUACUACAACUCCACAGAGGAAUCACUGAUGUAGAAGAAAGGAAACAAAAAGAUUUAUGGGCUACAAAGUACAGGCCAAAAGAUAUAGUAAGAAAAGGAAAACUAUCUGAAAUUGAUAUAGAGAGAGAAGAGGAAUGUGGUAUUUGCAUGGAGAUGAACAAUAAGGUUGUGUUGCCCAACUGCAACCACUCAUUGUGUGUGAAAUGCUAUAAAGACUGGUGAGCAAAUUGUGAUUGGCAUGCCCGGUCUCAGUCUUGCCCUUUCUGUCGGGACAGUCUUAAAAGAGUAAACUCUGGUGACCUAUGGAUCUACAUGAACAGCAGUGAGAUAGAUGACUUGGCUUCAAUCAACAAGGAGAAUUUAAGAAGACUAUUUAUGUACAUUGACAAGUUGCCUUUGAUUGUACCUGAUCCUAUAUUCAUGUCUUAUCCUCAGCGCUUCUGAUUUCUAUUUAGUAGACUCUGGUGACCUUUGGAUAUACAUAAGCAGCUGUGAGAUAUAUACUUGGCUUCAAUCAACCAGGAGAGCUUUAAUAGGAUACUUAUGUACAUUGAAAAGUUCCUCUUAUGUGCCAUACUGCCAUGUUCAUGUCUUAUCCUCAGCAUUUCUGUUUCCAUUUAGCAAUAGUUAAGUUUUACUUCAAAGUCCAUUUUGUUUUUGGUAGUCAAUUUGUGCUGGAAUGAUUCAAACUGUAAAUAUAGGUUGCCUUCAAAGUGAAAUAAUAUUUUCACUCCAUUUAGAUUAAAUUAAAGAGUUUUCUUCUCCAGAAGUCUUGCUCGAUCGUCUGAGUUAGUUCAUCACUGCUGGCGGUCAUAUGUUUGUACCACCCUGAAAUAUUGUCUUAGACAUGUUAUGUGGAUGUCUUUCUGCUGUCUAAAGUCCAAUGCACACUAUUAUUAAGUGAUGUCAUUGUCAUAUAGCAAUGUGCCCAUACUCCAGAUAAUUGUACAAUCAAGAUUACUGUAUAAAUAAAAUGUUUACUAUUAUCCGUUUUUGUC